UUCGCCCGGUGUUUACUGUCAUCUACAAGUAAACUCCGUCUCAACAACAAAAAUCAACAUAAAUAUUUUCAAUAGCCAGAAAUAUUAUUUUUUCCUAAAGUAUCUAGCUACAAAAGUCCUAUAAAUGACUGCCAAAUCAUCCAACAGUUUAGAUCCAAGGGCAGAACUUGCUGAAUUGGUAAAAAGAAAAGCGGAAAUUUCGGAAACCCUUGCAAAUUUAGAGCGCCAAAUUUACGCAUUCGAGGGAUCUUAUUUAGAGGACACUCAACUCUACGGCAACAUCAUUCGAGGAUGGGAUCGAUACCUGACCACAAACAAGACCACCAACUCCAAGGCCGACAAAAGGAAUCGCAAGUUCAAGGAAGCGGAACGACUGUUCUCAAAGUCGUCUAUUACUUCGAUGGCGGCCGUGAGUGGUUUGGUUGAUCCGAACGAUGCAAAGCAUGACCGUAACAGUGAAUCGGACUCGAUGACCAACGACGAUUCGAGCGAUAACCAAUUGGGGGCUAUCAACUCUAACUCAUCGCUUGCCUCGUCAGCCCAUGACACGACGCUAAAAACACCGGUGAGCAAGAGUUUAAAUUCCUCCAAAAGUAGUACCGUCGAAAAGUCGUCGUCCUUCUUGAACCGGCCGAUAACACCCACCAAAGAGGCAGCGAACACAAGCUCGGCUAAGGAAGCAAGUACUCCGAGCAGCGCCGCCAAGCACAAGGCAGCGAACGUCGGGUCCGUGAAGAAAACCAGUUCCAACAAGAAGGUACGUCACCGCUAAGAACCCAAUCUGUAGAGGACGUUGGUCCGAAUUUAAAGGCGAGUAAUAAUAGUAUCAAAUCGUAUGUGGUGUCAUACAUGGAGUGACAUGUUUCCUGCAUGCGGCAUGUGUUUAAACGGAAACAUUAAGAUGUUUCUUUCCAGACUUUCCGGGUGAACAAAUAAGAAUAAUCACCAUUCUCGUGUAUUGAAUUUUUUGACUGUUUAAAUAUUUGUAAUUAACUAGAAAUCUUGAACAUUUGUGAAUUAAUAUUUCAAAGGACAUCUAAAAA